GACCACACAUGUACUCGUCGUCUUUCGCACGCCAUUGGUUUCUUAGCUGUCCUGCGUGAUCGAUGCGAAGGUCUCGUGUGCAGCUGAAGAAUGUGCGUUUGACAUUGCGGCCUGUUUUCCCAUCAAAGGGGAAAGCGUCUCAAUUACAUUGGGGUGUUGAUGCGAUGAUGCAUUAGUCCGCAGAACGCAAAGACCCGCAUAUAAAAAAAUACACGCGCUGAAGUAUGGACCUUUCCAUGGAUGACGGGAAGCUGCCGCCGUAUGCCAAGUACCAUUGCAGGAAUGAUUCGGUGACGUUGGUCGAAGCCGAUCAAGAACAGUCACAGGCCCUUCCCAAGAAAGCACGUGGAUGCCGGUGCACAGCGAGGAAAUCGCUAGCAGUAGCUAUUACGUUUUGCCUGAUCACAACGGUGGCUGCUGUGACGCUGUUCGUUCUGCAGCGAGCGGAGAUUUUACCAAAAGCAGAACGCUUGAAGACGACUGGGCUUCCCGACGUGUCCAAGCUGGUAGUGGAAGGUGUAAAAAGCGGUUUCAUAACGUUAUCGUGGCGGAGGCCCAAAGGUCGCUUCGACUACUACACUGUCGAAGUAACCGAAGACGACGCUGGCGUUGAAAGAGCUGCGCCACAUCGUUUGUGCGCCAACGGAACCAUCAUUCGACCUGACCAGACAGAAGUGACCUGCGGCCCAUUCGAACCGUGCGCCAAAUUGUCAUUCACCGUGCGUACUCAUUUCAAGGGACCACCAGAGCACGGGUCUUUAGGGGUGACAGUAGCGGGAACCUUGAUCCUCGCCGAAGCUCUGCCUGACGUAACCAAUCUCAACUUAGUGGCCGCCGAUAACCACUAUAUCACGUAA